UGUCACAUUUCACGCUGACACCAAGCGAACACAGGGCGCAUACACACACACACACACACACGCUCUCAUACAUUCACAUACACAUACACACACACUCACACGCAGAGCUCACCAUAUUAUCGACAGAUCCGAGUCAAGAGUACAGUUGAGGAGAGCACAUUGAAGUGACUGAAGGCUUCUUCUGUGAGAGGAAACGAGAGGAAAAACGCAGAAAAAAAGAAACAGAGGAAAUCCCCCGAAAGGAAAUGCCAAUCGCAGCCGCUGGACAGCCAACGACUCAGGAGCCUAGAGUUUGCCCCCGGCUGCCCUCCACCCCGGAGCCUGUCCCUAAAGGGGCUGAUUUAUUCGACGAGGCGGGGGCGGCGGAGUCGGCGGAGCGAACAGAGUACGGGGGCGCGGAGGGGGGCAGGGGACUCGGGGGCUAUAGUUACAGCCAGAGCGGCGCUAGGGGCUUUGUACAGCCCGGAUCCAUCAACGGCUCUCCGCCGCAGUCCCCAGCCGCGUCCUCCUCUUUUCUCUUCCACCCUCUUCACCCCCACCAAAUGACCAUGGAGCCCCCAAGGACUCGAUCGCGUUCUCGGUCUGGAUAUUACCAGCAGUACGGUGGUGGGAAUGGCAACGGAAUUACCGGCAGCGGAGUCAUGGGAUCUAACCAUCACCAACACCACCACCAUCAGCAGCAGCAACUACUACAUCCACAGCAGCAGCACGGUGCCGGUUGCGCACCACUUGGAGCUCACAGCAACCACUCGGAGAACCAGCCGCGAGCCCCAGGAAGUAACGUCUCUCCCGGCAUUCAGAGGCUGUCCUCGGUUCCCGGAGCGCACCGCAUCCCGGCGGCAGGAGCCUCGGGCGGGUCCUACCACUGCCACCCAGAUCAUGCAUAUGGAGAGGAGAGUGAUAAGAGUGAGGAAAGCCCCAGUCCAAAGCGCCAGAGGCUGUCCAGUCAGUCUGUCUUGGAACAGCUAACCUCAUCUGCCCCCCCACCAUCCACCCCAUCUCCCCCCAUCCGCCCCUGGGAGUCAGGACCCCCAAGUCGGAGACAACCACACCCCCACACACACUACCACCAGGAGAGAUGCCUCACUCCUGCUCGGCACAGACGCAGCCCGCCAGCAAGGCGUCAGCGCGGCCGUCUCUCCAGACCCACCCGUCACUUGCCUCCCCAUCACCACCCCUCCACCCAAGCCCCCGCACCUCGCCUGUCACCAUCAGAGCUCCAGGAUGAAAACUACCACCGCAUUCCCCAUCCCACCACACACCAGACAUACCCAACUCACACACCCAGCGCCUACGGUCAGCCUCCCACAGCUGGAGGUGGGGGGGCAGGUUUGGAGGAGCCCCGAGCUUUCCACCCCCCUACCUUGUCUCCUCGACUGCUGCACCCGGCUGCUCACCACCACCACCACCAUCAUCAUCAGCAACAGCAUCAUGCAACGCAACAGCAGCAGGGAGCCAUGGUCAUGGACUUGCAUGAACAGCUGCAGCAGGGCAGUGUACCAGUCUCUUACACAGUGACCCCAGUCCCUCCACACGGUCUCGCAGCGCCUUUGUGUAGCGGCCAGCACCUUCCCCCUACCUGUUCCUCACAACAAGUCCCUACCUGCAGCGUGGUCUUCAGCACUGGACAACACUACCACCCGAUGCUACAGGCAUGUUCAAUGCAACAUUUGCCAGUGCCCUAUGCAUUUCCGUCACUGCUGUCCAGUGACCCUCAGUUCCUGCUUCCCCACCCACCCCACCUCUCUCACCACCCGCCCCACCUCCCCACACCCGGACAGUUCCUGCCUUUCCAGACGCAACAGCCUCGAUCGCCCUUACAGAGGAUCGAAAAUGAGGUUGAGCUCCUGGGAGAGCAGCUUUCUGUAGGUGGAGGCUUCAGCUACGCCCACCAUCACCACCACCACCAUCACCACCAGCCUCCCUCCACCCUGCCGCCCUCCACACCACUCCAGUUCCUCUCGCACCAUGACCCCCUGUCGCAGGAGCUCUUUACAGUGCCCUAUCCCCAUUUUAUGCCUCGCCGAUUCACAAGCCGGCGUUACCGCUCUCAGCAGGCUGUACCCCCAUCACCCUACCACCCCAGCUUCCUGCCUUACUUUCUGUCCAUGCUUCCUGUGCCCCCAAAUGUGGCCCCCACUAUCAGUCUAGAGCUGGAUGUGGACGACGGAGAAGUGGAGAACUACGAGGCCCUGUUGAACCUUGCAGAACGCCUAGGAGAGGCUAAGCCCCGUGGUCUAACUAAGGCAGAUAUAGAACAGCUUCCAUCGUACAGGUUCAACCCCAACAACCAUCAGUCUGAGCAAACAAUGUGUGUGGUAUGUAUGUGUGACUUCGAGUCUCGCCAGCUCCUAAGGGUCUUGCCCUGUAAUCAUGAGUUCCACGCCAAGUGUGUAGACAAGUGGCUUAAGGCUAACCGAACCUGUCCUAUUUGUCGAGCCGACGCCUCUGAGGUCCAGCGGGAUUCUGAGUGACCUCACAUCAGCACCCAACACACACAAUCCCUGACUUCCUUUUUGGAUGCACCAGCCAAUCAGUGAACUCUCCUUCUAUCAUACUCCUCCGCUCACACGUUCUGCCACAUAACUGGGACCAGUGCUCCUUAUUCCUUCACUCUCUAUCCCACAGGACACUGAACAGUAAUUCUCACCUGGGAUCAGCAACUUUCUACUGACUCAUGUUCACUUUAUAUUUUGGACUAUUACGCCCCUACUACUCUGCCUUCUGCUUAUGGUUACUCCUUACUAUGAAUGGCCUUUGAAACACACAGUGUCAUGUGCAGGAGGACAUAUAUAUAUGUGUAAUUUUUAAAACUCAUUAUGAGCCCUUCCAAACUGAUGCGACCUGUUCGGUCUUCUAGGUGAUGGACAGAGAAAAAAGACUUAUUUGAAAAACUUCUGUAUAGUUGUACUAACAAACAUUUAGGGAGAAUUGGCAGUCCAAAGAUUAUGAUCAUCUCAUUAUUAUUAUUAUUAUUAUGGUUAUAAUUAAGCAGUCACUUUUACUAGACUCAUUAUAAUUGCAGUUGAGCAUUAUCAGUCAAUUUUAAUUUCUGUAUGUGUGUUCUUGCAUUCCUUGGCGUGAGAGCAGUCUGUAUGGGGUAAAAACAGAUACUGUACACUGUGUGUCAACGAGUGAGCUACUUUGGAACAGUGAAAAAUAUACUUUUAUUUUCUGUGUCUCUCUGUGUGUGUCAGUCACUCCUCCUGUGGUAUUCAUACAGUUCAUGCGGUACAGUGCAUUGACUUCCUUAAUCCUGUCUCCCCCCCCCCAACUCUACUCCAGAUAGAUUUAGACUCACUGGUUGAGGGUCUGGAACUUCAGACCUUUACAGCCAAGACUUGUUCAAAAAGCAAAGUUAAAAAUCAAGAGUAGGGCCAGGAACACCUCCAGGGAAGUUAACAGUGCUUUUGUGUCAUGUUUCUAUCUUUUUUUUUUUUUUUUUUUUUUUUUAAGCCUCACGUCGUUGACAAGCUCUACAACUUUGACUCCAUCGCUCCAUGUCUGCCCAUCUGCAUUGCUCUCGUCUCAAACAAGUAAAGGCUUGAGGCUUCUGAAAGACUUUUUUUUUUUGUGAUACAGUAUGUCCUAACCUAAAGAAAACAGAUCAGGACUAUUUAACUCUUUCUCGACAUAUCCACUAAGCUCUCCCCCAAGGCACAUUAUGUGAAUACAGUUGGAUACAGAGCUGAUGAGGUGGAUGCAAAACAUUCAUUAAAAAUGGCACCAAAACAUUCAUACAUAGUGAGCUUACUAGCUUUCUUAUGGUAAUUAGGGCUUUUGAAUACAUGUCUAUAUCUGUCUUGGUACCCAAGCAGCUUUCUGUAACCGUUGGUAGAUGUAGAUGCAAUGUUUUCAUGGACAUGGAACAAGUUUGAAGAGACUUAAAAGGUCACAGCUAAAAUCUACUGUUUCGCCAGACGGUGGAUUUAACACUUGAGCACUUUAAUACAUAGAUUUAAGACCUACGUGCUCUUUUCAUUCUGAACAAACUGCUGAUGAGUUUUCCACAGCCCAUGUCUGUAUGAGAACAAACAUUUUAAUGCAUUAAAAACAUUAUCAACUUCCAGUACCUACACUAUCCCAAUAUGUCAAUUCCUUUAUAUUCUUCUCACUGCACAUCUGUUUAUGUCCAGAGGUUUUGGGGCUUUGUUUCUUACUACUUAUCUCUGUAAGGCCUAUGUCAGCAUGUGAAAAUGUAACUCAGAGAUGUUCACCUCAUGGACAGAGUAGGUAUUCUAAUGUAAUUUAUCACUAUUUAUCACAAUUGGUGUUUUGUGUCAAGAUGGCAACCUGCCAUAGGUCUUAUAGAGAUUGCCUAGACAGACAUUUGGUUUGGGAAGUUCAGCCAGGCACUUGCAGUUUCUUAUAUCUGAGAUGCCUUUUCCAAAGCUUCAUUUUCUCCAGGUACAACUUGUAUCUAUCCAGUGUCACCACAUCAGACCAACACGUUUGGUCAAACCUGAGUUUUGUUUUCCAGAAAAUGCAAACCAAUGUGUAUCAGUGUCCAGGAAGAACAUCAUUUUACAACUCCCCUUCAGUGUUGUCUGUGUAUAAAGUCAUGUAAUAUCCAUGGGAAUGGAGGGAAAUUAUAUUUUCUGUCAUCUUUCUUAGUUUUUCUUUGGGGUCAAAGGUCAUAUUUGUGACUGUACACAUCAGUUGUGUCUUAGGAUUGUUUUAUGUUGGGCAGUUUUUUUUUUUUGUUGCUUGGUACACUAGCAAUUACCUCAGUCCCACUAUUUAUGUCUUUCAGAAAAUGGCACAACCAGUAUGAUUAGUGCUUAUCAAUUCAUUUAGCUAAUCUUUUCCAUGCAAGUUGUUGGGUUGUUUGAAUAUUUUUCCCUUAAACUCUAUGAAACUGUCAUUAAAAUGGUGUCAUAGUAGUUUAAUUAUGUAUUAUAUCUGUAACCAAAAUCAUUUGAAGGCCUGUUAUGAUGAUGAAAUUUUUAACAAACAUUUGUACAUUUUGUAUGAGAGUUAUUACUAGUAAUACUUUUAUUAAGUAGUGCAAUGAUUUUUUUUUUUUUUAAUCCCUUACCCCGUCUUUUGGAUUUCAAAAGCUGGUUCAAUAAUAAAUGUAUAACAUCCUCUUAUAAAACAUUGUUUU